UGUUCAAACAGCACUCACAGGCAGGUGACUGUUUUUGCUAAGUCAUCCUGGGGAUUCUCAAAGCCCCACUGAGAUCCUUCCUUUCUUCCUUCCUGGCUCCUCCUCCCUCCCCACCCCUUUAAGUGGGCUCACACUACUCUGCAAGGCUCACUCUGCCCUGUCGCCAUGGCCUACAUCGCCAAGUCCUUCUACGACCUUAGUGCUAUCAGCCUGGAUGGGGAGAAGGUAGAUUUCAAUACAUUCCGAGGCAGGGCAGUGCUGAUUGAAAAUGUGGCCUCACUCUGAGGCACAACCACCCGGGACUACACCCAGCUCAACGAGCUGCAAUGCCGCUUUCCCAGGCGCCUUGUUGUUCUUGGCUUCCCUUGCAACCAAUUUGGACAUCAGGAGAAUUGUCAGAAUGAGGAGAUACUGAAUAGUCUCAAGUAUGUCCGCCCUGGGAAUGGCUUCCAGCCCACCUUUACCCUUGUCCAGAAGUGUGAGGUGAAUGGUCAGAAUGAGCAUCCUGUCUUCGCCUAUCUGAAGGACAAGCUCCCCUACCCUUACGAUGACCCAUUUUCCCUCAUGACCGAUCCCAAGUUCAUCAUUUGGAGCCCUGUGCGCCGCUCAGAUGUGGCCUGGAACUUUGAGAAGUUCCUUAUAGGGCCAGAGGGGGAGCCCUUUCGACGCUACAGCCGCACCUUCCAUACCAUCAACAUUGAGCCUGACAUCAAGCGUCUCCUCAAAGUUGCCAUAUAGAUGUGAGCUGCUCAUCCCACAGGUCUCCUACUCCACCCUGUCCCUGACUAUCCUUCCUUAGGAUUCGGUGUGCCCUCAGGAGACACUGCUGGACCUAAGUUUUCCCUUGAGAUGAGUAUCCUUCAUUGAAAAACCUUGCCUUUCUGGUCUGCCUGUUUCCUCUCCCUCUGUCAACUCUGGUUGGUGAUUCAAUCUAGGGCUCUGAGACUUGGGUAGGCUCUGGGCCUUCACAGAAUGACGGCACCUUCCUAAACCUUUAUGGGUGGUGUUUGAGAACUCAGUGUGAAAGGCCUGGAGCCGGCCUGCUGGAGUUCAAUAAAGAGCAGGUGUGUAAAUGUU